AUGAUGUUAAGCAAAUCAGAAAAUAAACUUAAAGAAGUCGAUAUUUACUAUAAAGCGAAAUCUAAUCUCAAAACCCGAUUUAAAGUUCAGCUACAUAAAUUGAAUUCCAAGAAUGAGGCGACUGAAUUAAUAGGAAGACUUGAUAGUGAACCAUAUUCUCGUGCAACUAAUUGCAUUUCUUCUACUGAGAAUUCGAACAUCAAGACUUUAUUUGAAUACGAAAUUGAUGAUACUUUGGAAAUCAAAGAAGAAUGCGUCCUAGAUCCAGAUACAGCUCCAGAUCAGAAAAGUAACAAAAAAUAUGAGUCAAAAGUGUGUACUGCCGAUAUAAGAGAUGAUAUUAUUAUAGCCGUUCAAAACACACUCCGUACCCUUAAAAAACAGGAGAUUCACGAUACAGAUUCGGAAACGAAGUACAAAUGCAAAAAGUGUGCACAGAAACUGAAUUGCAAGAAUGAGGCGACUGAAUUAAUAGGAAGAGUUGAUAGUGGACCAUAUUCUUGUGCUACUACUUGUAUUUCUUCUUCUGAGAAUAUGAACACCAAGACUUUAUUUGAGUACGAAAUUGAUGAUACUUUGGAAAUCAAAGAAGAAUUGGUUCUAGAUCCAGAUACAGCUAUAGAUCAGAAAAGUGAUGAAAAAUAUGAGUCGAAAUUCUGUACUGUCUAUAUAAGAGAUGCUGAUGCUUUAGUUGUUGAGAAGGAUCUGCGUACCCAUAAAGAACAAGAAAUUCACGAUACAGAUUCGGAAAAGAAGUACAAAUGCGAAAAGUGUGCCCGCAGAUAUAAAUGGAAAAAGCAUUUGAAUCAGCAUCUAAAAUUCGAGUGUGGUGUCGUGCCGCAGUUCGAAUAUCAAAAAAGAAAAAGUGAGUCAAAGAUAUCAACAGAAGGAACAGAUGUUGGUCCAUCUUCUUGUACAAAAACUGUAAAUGAGUAUAAAUGCGAAAAGUGUUCCCGCAGCUAUACAUUAAAAGCAUGUUUAAAAAUUCAUCAAAAAUACGAAUGCGACAUUAGGCAAAUUGAGGCUAAUUCUGAUGCUGCGAAUUCAACUUUCAUAAUUGAUAAUCACAGUGACGAAACAUUGAAAAUCAAGAAAGAAGUGGGCCAUUAUCAGCAGAGCAAGAAAAAGUCGAAGAAAUCCAAAGGAGGGCAUGGUGGACCAUAUUCUUACACAACUUAUCAAGAUUUAUCGCAACAAAUGGAUAAUAUAAAAUAUGAAACAGUAUUACUUACGGUAGAUAAAAUAGAAGAUGAUGUUUUGCCUGCCAGCAGACAGCGGAGACAAAAGAUGCAAGGAAGUCAGGAAUCAAAACAGGAAACGGGAAAAAAAUAUAAAUGCGAAAAGUGUGCUCGAGUCUAUAAACACAAAAAUAGUUUGACAGCUCAUCAAAAAUACGAUUGCAACGUCAUCCCACAAUUAAAAUGCAAUUUCUGCGACAAGCGUUUUACUAAAGAAUAUCACCUAAAUGAUCAGCAGAGCAAAAGAAAGUCGAAGAAAACCAGACGAGGUUAUGGUAUACCAUAUUCUUUUGUAACUACUGAUGCUUCUGAUGAUUAUUCUGAUGCUGUGCCAUUAAUUAAAUAUGAAAGAGACGCAACUUUAGAAAUCAAGGAAGAAAUCAUCCAAGAUCAAGAUAUUUUGCCAGCUAGAAAAGUGCGGAGCCAAAAGACGCAGACAAUUAAGGAAUUAAAACAAGAAAAUGGAAACAGGUACAAAUGCGAAAAGUGUGCCCGAAGCUAUUCAGCGAAAACAAGUUUGAUUCGUCAUCAAAGAUACGAUUGCAACGUCAGACCACAGUUCAAAUGUCAACAAAGCAAGAGUAAAUCGAAGAAAUACACAAGAGGACAUGGUGGGCCAUAUUUUUAUAUAACUACUGACAUAUCUUCUGAUAAUUAUUCUGAUGCUAUGACAAUAAUUGAAUACGACAUUGAUGAAUCUUUGGAAAUUAAGGAAGAAAUUGUUCAAGAUCAGAGGAGCAAUUGUAAGUCGAAGAAAUUCAGCGGAAUAAGGAGGCCUGAUGUUACUCUUGAUAAUAAUUCUGAUACUAAAACUUCAACUUGCAUAAUUGAAUACGAUAAUGAUGAAACUGUGGAAAUCAAGGAAGAAGUCACCCAAGAUCAGAGGAGCGAGUGUAAGUCCAAGAAAUCCAGAGGACUAGGUAGGCCUGAUGUUACUCUUGACAAUAAUUCUGAUACUAAAACUUUAACUUGCAUAAUUGAAUACGAUAAUGAUGAAACUGUGGAGAUCAAGGAAGAAGUCAUCCAAGAUCAAGAGACGAAUAAAGUUAAGGUUCAAAAACCAGAUGAAAAAUAUGAUCCAAAAGUAUGCAUCACAGAUAUAAAAAAAUCUGCUGCUAUGCACGUGAAAAAACUGCGGACGAAACUUGCGCAAAAAAUUAAAAAAUCAAACCCGGAAAAGAGGAGUAAAUUGAAGCAGGAAAUUGAGGAAUCAAAUUCGGAACAGAAGUAUAAAUGUGAAAAGUGUGCCUGCAGAUAUAAGUGGAAAAAGCAUUUGAAUCAACAUCUAAAAUUCGUAUGCGGCGUCCCUCCACAGUUCAGAUAUCAGAGGAGCGAGUGUAAGUCGAAGAAAUCCAGAGGACUAGGUAGGCCUGAUGUUACUCUUGACAAUAAUUCUGAUACUAAAACUUUAACUUGCAUAAUUGAAUACGAUAAUGAUGAAACUGUGGAAAUCAAGGAAGAAUUCAUCCAAGAUCCAGAGACGAAUGACGUUAAGGGCCAAAAACCAGAUGAAAAUUAUGAUCCAAAAGUGUGCACCGCAGAUAUCAGAAAAUCUACUAGUUUGAACGUGAAAAAACUGCGGACGAAACUUGCGCAAAAAAUUAAGAAAUCAAUACCGGAAAAGAGGACUAAAUUGAAGCUGGAAAUUGAAGAUUCAAAUUCGGAACAGAAGUACAAAUGUGAAAAGUGUGCCCGCAGAUAUAAGUGGAAAAAGCAUUUGAAUCAACAUCUAAAAUUCGAAUGCGGCGUCACUCCACAGUUCAGAUAUCCAGAAAGCAAGGGCGUAAGGGUCCAAAACCCUGAUGAAGAACAUGAUUCAAAAGUUAGCAUCGUAGAUUUAAGAUAA